UUGGCAAGCCGUCUUGAAAAAACUAUCGUAACUGGAUUUCAGGCCCUGAAGGACUUGCAUCUCAUUGGAUUCAUACACCGCGAUGUGAAACCGCUUAAUUUUUCUCUCGGUUCAACACAGACAACACGACGACGAUUAUUUCUGUUUGACUUUGGUUUAGCGCGACAAAUCUUAUUGCCUGUGCAAGGAACAAAUGAGCUGAAACUUCGCGAACCGAGAAAGAAGGUAACUUUUCGAGGUACGGUACGUUAUUGUUCGGUGAAUGUUCACGAUAACAAGGAGCAGGGUCGGCAUGACGAUCUGAUUUCGCUGCUUUAUACAGUUGUUGAGUUAAUUACUGGGGAGUUGCCAUGGCGAGGAUUGAAUCGACGUGACUGCGCCAACGUGAAGCGGAGCAUACCCGAUAAAAGACUUUUCAAUGUUUCUUUCAUUCGAUAUUCCGCUGCAAAACAACAUUGUCCAGCAUGUUUCACAACACUUUAUACAUAUUUGAAAGGGCUUGAAUACAAGGAUGUGCCUAAUUAUGAACUGAUCAAGGAUAAACUCGAUGAAGCACUGCGAGAGAAAAAAGCCACAGAGGAUGCACCAUUCGAUUGGGAAAAAGGUGGACGAUAUUACAAUAAAACAGGCCAAAACAAAAUAGUGCCUCGAAGGAACAAAAAUCCGGAUGAGAAAGUGGAAAAAGACUCGCAUUCAACGAUAGCUGAAGAAGCACCGUCAACAAUUGAAGAUUCAGCAACGGACGGAAAUACAUCUGGCAUGUCGACAGCGGAUCCAGAAAACACUCUUGAAGAUCUGCAGGAACUCCAGUAG